GAGAACAUAUAAACACUUUUUACCCUUUGGCCAUAACUACCUGAUGAUUGGCUCCGCAAAGAAAAAGAAAAGAAAAGGAAACAACUUCAACUUUUUUUUUUUGACUGCAGACUUCUGCCACACAGUGAUUGCCUGAGAGUUGAUUGGAGCAAAGAGAUAAAGAUCAUCAUCAUCAUCAACAGUAGUGCGCGCCACACCGUUUGUUUGGGUUUUUUUUUUGCCACUUUGGUUCCGAUACGUGUGCGCGUCAGGGCGCGCAGAAUCGGAGUUCUGCUGGCUGGAGAGUUUCGGAGCAACUUUUAAGGAUGAUAGUCGUUGGAUGUUUCCUCUUGUUGCUCAGCGGGAUCCCACGUGUCAUGGCAGGUUAUCCCAUAUGGUGGUCGCUAGCAGUGGGCCACCAGUACACGUCGCUGGGCACACAACCCAUCCUCUGCAGUAGCAUCCCCGGGCUGGUUCCCAAACAGCUGCGCUUUUGCCGGAACUAUGUGGAGAUCAUGCCGAGCGUGGCAGAAGGAGUGAAGAUCGGCAUCCAGGAGUGCCAACACCAGUUCAGAGGGCGGCGCUGGAACUGCACCACUGUCGACGACAACCUAGCCAUUUUCGGGCCAGUGUUGGAUAAAGCCACCCGAGAGUCAGCGUUCGUCCACGCCAUCGCCUCGGCCGGAGUGGCAUUCGCUGUGACCCGAGCCUGUGCAGAAGGGUCCGCCACCAUCUGCGGCUGCGACACGCGUCACAAGGGCCCCCCCGGUGAAGGGUGGAAGUGGGGAGGCUGUAGUGAAGACGUGGAUUUUGGGAGCAUGGUGUCCAGAGAGUUUGCAGACGCCAGGGAGAACCGCCCAGACGCACGCUCAGCCAUGAAUCGCCAUAACAACGAGGCAGGACGCACGUCUCUCAAUGAUAACAUCUUCCUAAAGUGUAAGUGCCAUGGACUCUCUGGCAGCUGCGAGGUGAAGACAUGCUGGUGGUCCCAGCCGGACUUCAGGGUGAUCGGCGACUACAUGAAGGACAAAUACGACAGCGCUUCAGAGAUGGUGGUGGAGAAACACAAGGAGUCCCGUGGCUGGGUGGAGACCUUGAGGCCCAGGUACAACUACUUCAAACCCCCCACGGAGCGCGACCUUGUCUACUACGAAGGCUCGCCCAACUUCUGCGAUCCCAACCCGGAGACUGGUUCCUUCGGCACACGCGACCGCAUCUGCAACCUAACGUCACACGGCAUCGACGGCUGCGACCUGCUGUGCUGCGGCCGAGGCCACAACACGAGGACCGAGCGGCGCAAAGAGAAGUGCCACUGCAUCUUCCACUGGUGCUGCUACGUCAGCUGUCAGGAGUGCAUCAGGGUCUAUGACGUGCACACCUGCAAAUAACACCAAGCUUCAGGACGCAGGGACUUUGGACUGGACCCUUCUGUCCAUGGAGUCAAUCAGGUGGAACACUUACGUAUGAAACGAUGAGGUGUUGUGGUGCUGAUGUAAUAAUACAAUCGUCUCAUACUGACCCACAAAGGACUGGUGGGUAAAUGUCAACACCAUAUUGGUGCUUUUUCAAAUAUUUGUCUUUGUCUUCCGUGUAUUUCAUUUCCUCAGAGUAACCUAUUCUAUCAUGUCACAAAAAGCAAACAUUUAGGACAAAGCUACUGUAUCCUCCACCUCAUAAGUGUGUCUGUCAACUAACAUUGUAACUGCGAGAGUGUCUCCUGAGUGAAUGUAGUCUUCAAGCGGUCGUUUUGUUUACAAAGUCUCACAUUCUUAAGCUGAACAAGACAAGAACAUACCCAACCUUAUGGAACAACGUGUUUUACAACCAAAGACAUACACGAGUAAGCCCCCCGUGAGUCUGUGGUGGUCUGAGAGGAUGAAAAAAUAAAACACUCUAACGUCCAGGACUUGUGUCCAUUGAGUCAUAUGAAGCAUGCCUUGUCCUUGUUUUUUAUCAGUAUUAAUCAUGUCUCAUAUGACUGGAUGGCAUGCAGUUUUUAUUAUAUAGCUACGAUAUUUCCACCAUUCUUUUUUCUCUUACUAUGAAGGGGCGGUAGGGCCACACUGAAAAGAAUUUUGAAUAUCAAUUGUUAUUGUAAAAUAUUGUUCUUGACAAAAAUAACUCUUUUUUUAUAUCUCAACUUUAUCCCCAUUACAGUAUGACUUUACUAUCAUAAAACGACACGGUGAUAAGUAAAGAUUUUUCUUUUAUUUUUAUCUUUGUAAAAUACUGACAUUAUCAUAAAAGUCAGGACUUUAUUCUCACAAUUCCAACAGUUUUGCCAAAAAAUAUAAUUUUUGUCAUUUAAUAUUGCGACUGUAUUCUUGUCAUGUGACAAUUUUAUUCCCAUAAUGAUACUAUUUCUAUUCUUGUAAAAUUCCGAAUUUAUUCUCAAAAUAUUACCACUAAAGUACGUAUAACAACAUUAUAAUCUCAAAGUUUUGUUGGGGGAAAAAAGACUUUCGCAGGGGGGAGGACGAUCAUGACUUUAUUCUUAAAUUAAAUGUCAUAGUAUUACACUUUUUUUUUUAAUGUGACUUCUUUUCUUAAAAUUUUAAGACAUUAUGCUUGCAAUUAAGAUAUUUUUCCUAUUAAAAAGCAUGUAAUUGUUAAAAUUGUUAAUUUUACAUUUUUCAUUUCUCAUAAAAUAACUUAAUUCUCAUAAAAUGAACAUUUAAUUCUUAUAGUCCUGACUUGUUUUUUCAUCUUUUCAGUGUGGCCCUAAUGCUUUUAUGCUGUUAAACAUUCCCUGCAAAAAGCACUAACUGUAAUAAAGUGUCUCUUUUGUGUAGUAGUGGUGAGGGAAUGAGCAAAAGUUGUUAGCAUGUUUUGAGCUGCGCCUUCUUCUUGUUCUCUCAAUAACAACAAGCAGCGUUCACUGAAAAAAAAAAGGCUCCUAUCUUCGAAUGCUGCUAAGUAAACAUAGUCUUGUUUGUUGUAGUCUCUUUUUACGUGUGAAUCUUUGUAGAGUUGUCGUUUUUGUGUGGAUUCUUUCUGUGAAAGAAGUGUCUUUUAGCAAAAUGUGAAGUUUGGACUAAUUGUUGCAUCCACUUUAACCAAAUAGACCAAAGUAGACUUUUGCCAUUAUUUGUAUUAGUUUUCUGUUGCUGUUGUAGUCAUGCGGCUGAUGAGAAGCAAACAUGAUUUGACUUGUUGCUCGCUUUUAAUUUAACAUGACUCACCACCACUUUUUUUAAAAAGUAAAAACUACUGAAAGCUGAGACGAGAGAUCAUUUCCACCACUUUAUUAGGUACACAUAUUGGUAUCAUUUGACAGCAUCAAUACAAAUUUAGCAUUAUUAUCUUUUUAAAGGCACAGUUGUUGUACUGGACGUCAUUUGAUUGAACAUGUGUACCUAAUGAAAUGGCCAGUGAGUAUUUUGCAAGUUUGCAGAUAAAUGAUUAGAUGCAGUACACCUCAAUUCCUCAAUCUUGUUCUGUGUAAUAAAGUAGCACACAACUGCUUUUUUUAUGUAGAUGAUUCUGUUCUAGUUCUCAUUUCUUUCUUUUCAAGUCCAAAGUUUUGUACAUACUAGUGUUUUUAUGGAUGUGUGUUUUACAUUUAUUUAUUUUCUGCUCUGUAUAUAUUAGUAAGUGAAAGUAUAUAUUUACAGAAAUAAUGUUGUUUUUUGUUAGACCCUCUUUAUAAAUAAUACUCACAACACUGUAUGUACGCCUUGUUGGCCUCAUGGCUGGUCUAGACUCACACUGACGACUGCAUCCUUUGCCCUCAUUGACCUUUCAACUCUGUAACAGACAAAUAAAACAACAUAAACAAGCAAAGUAUUGAUAAGUGUGUGUUGUGAAUUUUGCUCUGUGAAGUUGCUGUGGGAACAUG